ACUUACUGGACUUCUCCAACUCUCUGGCGGCUUGUGCAGCCCUCUCCAACGCCGAAGAAUCGAACCUGUAAGCCUCCAUUGCUUUUCUUUCAGAGGCGGUCAACUGGGGCGGCUCGUUUCCACCGCCUCCACCCGCUCCCGGAUUUUGCAGACCCAACUGAGCCAAGUCCGGCUGUUGGUUGUUGCGAUUGCCACCGAAAAUCCACAUUUUAAUUCACGAUUUCACUUAAUUUUUGAUGAUUUUUAAUGCCGAACUUGAGGUUAGGUCGAAUGCAUGUGUCCACGAACAAAUUUUUGACAGACCUCUUCUUCUUCUUCUUUCGCUGAUUAGGUUUAUUUUUGUUCUAUGGCUUUAUUCUAGAUUUUUUUGGUAGUUAUAAGUUAUUAUUAUAUUUUUGCACAUUUAUAAUCAAGCAUUCAUAAUACACAUACAAUUUUCAAAGAUCUUUUGAAACAUAACCUAUAAUUUUAUCCUAAUCUCGUAAAAAGACAUGACAACAAUGAAAUAAAAAAUGGAUAUAAUUAAAAAUAGGAUUACUUCAGUCCUACAUGAAGAAACAGAGGAUUUAAUUCACUAUAUUUGUGCGAUAUCUGAAUUAUCUUAUGAGGAAACAGAAAAACCGAACUGGCCAUUAAAGUUUUAUAGGGAAUAUGUUUCAAAAAAUGUUCCCGUUAUUAUAAGGGGAGGUGCUAGACUAAUGCCGGCUGUACAAAAAUGGAGUUCGGAUUAUUUUAGGACGAAAUUAUCUGAUAAAUCAGUUACUGUAGCCCUAACACCCAAUGGAUAUGCAGAUGGGUUAAAUAAAUCAGAAACUGGUGUAUUUUUUGUAUUGCCUGAAGAAAAAGAAGUGAAAUUUGAUGAGUUUUUGACAAUAUUGGAUCAAAAACAGGAUAAUUUGAUCGCAUAUAUACAAAGACAAAAUUCCAAUUUAACGCAAGAUUUUUUAGAAAUUGUAGAUGAUGUUGGAAUGGAAAUACAUUGGGCAUCUGCAGCGUUUGAUAAAAAACCAGACGCUGUAAAUUUUUGGAUGGGAGACCAAAGGGCUAUAACAAGCAUGCAUAAGGACCCUUAUGAAAAUAUUUACUGCGUUAUAGAUGGCUACAAGGACUUUAUUCUCAUACCACCCACAGACCUACCAUUUGUACCAACCCAAACAUACCAAGUAAAACGUUACGAAAACGUUACAACAAAUCGCUAUGAAAUGGUAAAUGACGACUCUGUAACAGACGUCAAAUGGGUAGCAAUAGAUCCCUUAAAUCCGGACUACGAUAAAUAUCCUGAAUUUAAAAAAGCACAUCUGUAUAAGUUUCGUUUAAACAAAGGCGAUAUGUUGUAUUUACCCAGCUUGUGGUUUCAUCAUUUGCAACAAAGUCAUAAGUGUAUUGCUGUAAAUUAUUGGUAUGAUAUGGAGUUUGAUAUUAAGUAUUGUUAUUAUAAAAUGCUGGAAAGUAUUUGUUAAGAUAAUAAAUAGUUGUGAUGUAAUAAACGUUGUUUUUUU